AACCUCUUGGCCGCUGGGCGCUGCCUUUUCUUGUGGCUCAGAACGACCAUAACUAUAAACACCAGACAAGAUAACGAAAACCCAAACAAACUUCAAUUCCUUUACACAGUUUCGAAUGGCAACCGCGAACUUUUGCCGCCCCAAAUUCACUCUCUCAUCCUAUCAUCAUCUUCCGCUCCACCACCACCACCACCACCACCACCACCACCACAGCACCACCAACCUCAACUUCACCUACUUCUCAAACCACAGGAGGAAACACAAUGCUCCCUCAACGCGCCGCCGUAACUUCCGCGUCCACUGCCAGGCCACAGCCACUGACCUCGAACUCGCCGCCCGCGUCGGCAAAGACCGCCUCUUGAAGGUUCCUAUAUCGAAUAUAAGGAAUUUCUGCAUAAUAGCGCAUAUUGAUCAUGGGAAAUCGACGCUAGCGGAUAAGUUGCUGCAGCUGACAGGGACAGUGGAGAGCCGAGAAAUGAAGGAACAGUUCCUUGAUAACAUGGAUUUGGAGCGAGAAAGAGGCAUCACUAUCAAAUUACAGGCUUCUCGGAUGCGUUACAUGUAUAAUGGGGAGCCAUAUUGCCUGAAUCUUAUUGACACUCCAGGUCAUGUAGAUUUCUCAUAUGAGGUUUCUCGCUCCCUUGCAGCCUGUGAAGGUGCACUUCUUGUUGUAGAUGCUUCUCAGGGUGUGGAAGCUCAGACUCUGGCUAAUGUUUAUUUGGCGUUGGAAAACAAUCUUGAGAUUAUACCGGUUUUGAACAAGAUUGAUCUUCCAGGUGCUGAACCAAGCCGUGUUUCUCAAGAAAUAGAAGAGAUUGUUGGGUUGGACUGUAGCGAUGCAAUCCUCUGCUCAGCAAAGGAAGGAAUUGGUAUUACUGAAAUACUAAAUGCAAUUGUUCAAAAGAUUCCACCACCUCAGAAUACUGCUGGAAGGCCUUUGAGGGCACUUAUUUUUGAUAGUUAUUAUGAUCCAUACCGAGGUGUUAUUGUAUAUUUCCGAGUCAUUGAUGGGACAAUUAAAAAAGGUGACAGAAUACUCUUCAUGGCCAGUGGGAAGGAUUAUACUGUUGAUGAAAUAGGAGUUUUAUCUCCCAAUCAGAUGCAAGUAAAUGAGCUUUAUGCUGGAGAGGUGGGUUACGUCUCUGCUUCAAUAAGAUCUGUGGCAGAUGCAAGGGUGGGUGACACCAUUACACACUACGGUAGAAGUGCAGAACAAUCUCUGCCUGGAUACAAGGAGGCUACGCCAAUGGUGUUCUGUGGCUUGUUUCCUGUUGAUGCAGACCAGUUUGCUGAACUGCGUGAUGCAUUAGAGAAAUUGCAGCUCAAUGAUGCUGCAUUGAAGUUUGAGCCUGAAACCUCUAGUGCCAUGGGUUUUGGCUUUAGAUGUGGAUUUUUGGGUCUUCUUCACAUGGAAAUUGUUCAGGAAAGGCUUGAGCGUGAGUACAACUUGUCACUAAUAACUACUGCACCAAGUGUUGUUUACCAAGUCAACUGUAUAACUGGUGAUACUGUUGAGUGUUCAAAUCCAUCUUUGCUCCCAGAACCUGGAAAAAGAAAGUCAAUUGAGGAACCAUAUGUCAAGAUUGAGAUGCUCACUCCAAAAGAAUACAUUGGUGCACUAAUGGAGCUUGCUCAAGACAGAAGAGGAGAGUUCAAAGAAAUGAAAUUUAUUGCUGAAAACAGAGCUGCAAUUAUAUAUGAAUUGCCACUUGCUGAGAUGGUUGGUGAUUUCUUUGAUCAACUGAAAUCAAGAAGCAAAGGUUAUGCUAGCAUGGAGUACAAUUUUAUUGGAUACAAAGAAAGUGAUUUGAUAAAGCUUGAUAUUCUUAUUAAUGGUGACCCUGUGGAACCUUUGUCAACUAUUGUGCAUAAGGACAAGGCAUAUGGAGUGGGAAGGGCCUUGACUCAAAAGCUGAAAGAACUAAUACCUAGACAAAUGUUUAAAGUUCCAAUCCAGGCAUGCAUAGGCUCCAAAGUCAUUGCCAGUGAGGCUUUGUCUGCUAUCAGGAAGGAUGUUCUUGCCAAGUGCUAUGGUGGUGACAUUUCAAGAAAAAAGAAGUUGCUUAAGAAACAGGCCGAGGGGAAGAAAAGAAUGAAGUCAAUUGGUAAAGUUGAUGUACCUCAGGAAGCAUUUAUGGCAGUUCUCAAACUUGAGAAAGAGGUCCUAUGAUUGCAUCAAUGCAGCAGAGGGAGAUGUAGAAUCAAUGCCCAUCUUCUUGCAGUUUCUUUUUUUUUUUUCUUCAUAUUUUUUCGACACAACCAAAUUGUAAAAGGCAUCAGAUAUCUUGGUGAUCAAGCAAAGAUUCAUGUACAUCAUAUGGCAAGCUUCAUGGAUUGGAAUUUUGAUGUAAAUAACAACAGCAUUUUUGUAACUGAAAUGUUUUUCAUCCUAAUCUGAAAUUGAAGCAAGAAACCGUCCAUGUCUGGGGUACAA